CGGGUGCCGCCCCCUCGGCCGCCGGCCCCGCCCGGCCCCGGCCCUCCGCGCGCUGCCGUCCUCCUCAGCGAUUUCGCUCGCUCGCUCGCUCGCUCCCUCCCUCCUCUCCGGCUCCCCGCCCCGUUCCUCCUCCGCCUCCCGCUCCGAAUCACUCGGGCUCCGGCGCCGGCUCCGGCUCCUCCCGGCCGGCCGCCCGGGGCCAAGGCGACGUGAGGUAGUAAAAAUCCAUGUGGGACAGCUCCGGGGCGAGCAUCGGAAAGGUAUGGGGCUCCAGCUGUGAGAGACAGACAAGCGGGAAGAAAACUCUUGGAAAAUGGGCUUAGACGCAAAUCUUUGAUUGGAGUCAUUUUCUGGUACAGACUACGACAAGAAUGCAUUGAAAAUUCUGGUCAACAGUGGAAAUAUUGACAUAAGCCCCAACUUAGUAUAGCAUUUCGUCUCUUGAAUAGUAACUCAUAAUACAAGAAAAAUGUAUGGAAGUGCAAGAACAAUCACCAACCUGGAAGGUAGUCCUUCCAGGUCUCCUCGUUUGCCAAGGUCACCUCGUUUGGGCCAUAGGAGAACAAGUAGUGGGGGAGGUGGAGGAACGGGCAAGACUCUGUCUAUGGAAAACAUCCAGUCUCUUAAUGCAGCCUAUGCUACGUCUGGACCCAUGUAUCUGAGUGAUCAUGAGGGAGUGGCUUCAACAACUUACCCAAAGGGCACCAUGACUCUGGGCAGGGCCACAAAUCGAGCUGUAUAUGGAGGCCGAGUCACAGCCAUGGGGAGCAGUCCCAAUAUUGCUUCCGCUGGACUUUCCCACACAGAUGUCCUUUCAUAUAUGGAUCAACAUGGUGGUCUGACCAGCUCAACCCAUCAUCACCACCACCAGGUCCCCUCCAUGUUGAGGCAGGUAAGAGAUAGCACAAUGUUGGAUCUUCAAGCCCAGCUAAAGGAACUUCAGAGAGAGAAUGACCUCCUCCGGAAAGAGCUGGACAUCAAGGACAGCAAGUUGGGAUCUUCCAUGAACAGCAUCAAGACAUUCUGGAGUCCUGAGCUUAAGAAAGAGAGAGUCUUGAGGAAAGAAGAGGCAGCUCGGAUGUCUGUCCUCAAGGAGCAGAUGAGGGUUUCCCAUGAAGAAAAUCAGUUACUGGAUGCCAGAAGAACCAAGCACCUGCAGUUGACGAUCCAGGCCCUUCAGGAUGAGCUGCGAACCCAGAGAGACCUCAAUCACCUCCUGCAGCAAGAGAGUGGCAACCGGGGAGCUGAGCACUUCACCAUUGAGCUGACGGAGGAGAACUUCAGGCGGCUGCAAGCUGAGCAUGACAGGCAGGCCAAGGAGCUGUUCCUUUUGAGGAAGACAUUAGAGGAGAUGGAGCUGAGGAUUGAAACGCAGAAGCAAACCCUCAAUGCCCGAGAUGAAUCCAUAAAAAAGCUUCUUGAGAUGCUGCAAAGCAAGGGUUUGCCAUCCAAAAGCCUGGAGGAUGAUAAUGAGCGGACGCGGCGGAUGGCAGAGGCGGAGUCUCAGGUCAGCCACUUGGAAGUGAUUUUAGAUCAAAAGGAGAAAGAGAAUAUACAUCUGCGAGAGGAAUUGCACCGAAGAAGCCAACUUCAGCCGGAGCCGGCCAAGACGAAGGCUCUCCAGACUGUCAUUGAAAUGAAGGAAGCUUCACGUUUUAAUUUUGGCCCUGAUUUGGUCUGGCAGGACACAAAAAUUGCUUCAUUGGAGCGAAACAUCAGGGAUCUUGAGGAUGAGAUCCAGAUGUUGAAAGCCAAUGGCGUACUGAGCGCCGAGGACCGUGAGGAAGAGGUCAAACAGAUAGAGGUUUACAAAAGUCACUCCAAGUUUAUGAAGACAAAGAUUGAUCAGCUGAAGCAGGAACUUUCAAAGAAGGAGUCGGAACUUCUUGCCUUACAAACAAAGCUUGAAACCCUUAGCAAUCAAAAUUCAGAUUGCAAACAACACAUUGAAGUGCUUAAAGAGUCGCUUACUGCCAAAGAACAGAGGGCUGCCAUCCUUCAGACGGAGGUAGAUGCACUGAGAUUACGACUGGAAGAGAAAGAAUCUUUUCUCAAUAAGAAAACAAAACAGCUGCAAGACCUCACGGAGGAGAAGGGGACUCUGGCGGGAGAGAUUCGUGACAUGAAGGACAUGUUAGAAGUGAAGGAAAGGAAAAUCAACGUGCUUCAGAAGAAGAUUGAAAACUUACAAGAACAACUUAGAGAUAAAGACAAGCAGCUGACCAAUCUAAAAGACAGAGUGAAGUCCUUGCAGACAGAUUCCAGUAACACGGAUACUGCGCUGGCGACCCUAGAGGAGGCUCUGUCGGAGAAGGAGAGAAUAAUUGAGCGCUUGAAAGAACAGCGGGAGAGAGAUGAUCGAGAAAGGCUAGAAGAGAUAGAAUCCUUCCGAAAAGAGAACAAAGACCUGAAGGAGAAGGUCAAUGCUUUACAAGCUGAGCUGACUGAGAAAGAGUCUAGUUUGAUUGACCUCAAAGAACAUGCAUCUUCAUUAGCCUCUGCUGGGCUGAAAAGGGACUCCAAAUUAAAAUCUCUAGAAAUAGCCAUCGAACAAAAGAAAGAGGAAUGUAGCAAACUUGAAGCACAGUUAAAAAAGCAAGCUGAGCAGUUGUUCAAUCAGAUGUACAACCCAGCACAUAAUAUUGAAGAUGACUCCAGGAUGAAUCCCGAGUUUGCAGACCGGCUAAAGCAGCUAGAUAAAGAGGCCUCUUACUACCGUGACGAGUGUGGCAAGGCCCAAGCUGAGGUUGAUCGGUUGCUGGAGAUCCUCAAGGAGGUGGAGAAUGAAAAAAAUGAUAAGGACAAGAAGAUUGCAGAACUUGAGAGCUUGACUCUCAGGCAUAUGAAGGAUCAGAACAAGAAGGUGGCCAACCUCAAGCACAACCAACAGCUGGAAAAGAAAAAGAAUGCUCAGUUACUGGAGGAAGUCCGCAGGCGAGAGGAUAGCAUGGCUGACAACUCACAGCAUUUGCAGAUAGAGGAGCUGAUGAAUGCGCUGGAGAAGACCAGACAGGAACUGGAUGCCACCAAGGCGCGCCUCGCCUCCACCCAGCAGUCCCUGGCUGAGAAGGAAGCCCACUUGGCCAACCUCCGGAUAGAGAGGAGGAAACAGCUGGAGGAGAUCCUGGAGAUGAAACAGGAAGCACUACUUGCAGCAAUCAGUGAAAAAGAUGCAAACAUUGCUUUGUUGGAAUUGUCUGCCUCCAAAAAGAAGAAGACACAAGAGGAAGUCAUGGCCCUCAAGCGGGAGAAGGACCGACUAGUGCAUCAGUUAAAGCAGCAGGUGUAUAGACCUAAGAAACAGCCCCCGAGCUCGAAUAUACCAUGCACUUGUGAUGCUGGCUACAGCCCAGAUAUUACGACCAAGUACUACGGGUCCAGCUACGAUGCAUACAUGAUCCCAAGGUCUCAGACCCAGAACAGAAUGAAGCUGAUGGCAGACAACUACAACGAGGACCACCACCAUUACCACCACCACCACCACCACCACCACCGAUCUCCCGGGAGGUCACAGCAUUCCAAUCACAGGCCUUCACCGGACCAGGAUGACGAGGAGGGCAUAUGGGCAUAGCCGGGCCUGUAAACCAAAGUUCCAGUUUUGUUUUGAGGGAGUGGGAGCCCCCAGUUCCUUCAAGAGAUCCAACUUUACCUGUCUGUAAAGAAGAAGAGGAGGAGGGAGACAGCGGGGAGGAUCCGGUGGCAGUUUAACACCAGAGCAGGUCCAGUGUUGACUUCUACCCUUUUGGAGGUGGGUAACUGCAAAUGCUGUGGGGUGCUGGGUUUCCCAGAGACUGCAUAAUGACCUUGGAUUUGGGGGCUCACAUAUUUUCUUUGCUGGAGUGCAGGGGUUGCUAUUUUUGUAUGUAAUUAAUAGCCAGGCUGCUCCACAAUUCCCACCGGCAUAGACCAAGAAUCUAAGUUCAUCAUCUCCCUGUGGUAAUUGUUUUGUAGGCCUCAUGGUGGCCGCACACAGAGCUGUUUGUUUCUUGGUGCGUGAAUGGAUAGGAAGGGCAUGCAUUGGUUGCUAUUUAAUGACGAUUAGAUUUUUUAUUUGCUUUUCAAGGCCUAUGAUUGUCAACAGGCUUUCUUGUUUUGAUUUCGUGGCUUUGGAUGUUUAGAAUCCCCCCUUCCCCAGCCAACCCCUUAGGCCCUGAGAUCCUGCAAACCUCCUGUAGACAGACAGAUGAGCUUUGACUUUGUACUGCUCCUCAGUGCUUGGGCAUAGGCCUACACAGUGCUGAGGUUGUUAACCAGCUUCUUCCCCGAGCUGAGCAUGAACUCAUGGAAGAAAGUUUUCCCCUGAAGCCCUAAACCCCAAGCUGUCCCAGAGUUUGAACUGCCUGUUGGCGAUUGCCCUGCAGUAAUGAUUUCUGGGUGGAUGGACAUUUGCAUUCGGAAACCACAGCCUCACAUGUGGCAGAACAGAGUAAACCCACAGAGACCACGAGGCACUGGCCUUGUGCUCCUUGCGUAGCCGCCUGCACCCAGCUCUCCUCUGUCAGAAAUCUGUUCUCCUGCUGUUGGUGCCCAGUCUGCAUUUUUUUUUUUUUUUGCAUUCUUGAGUUGCAUUUUUGCUUUGGCAUAAAAAGUACCUAAGCUGGAACCUUGAGGGCUUUCUUCUAGGAAGGAGUUUGGCUCUACUCCGUUCUGGAAUAUGUAUGUACUGAAACGUUGCAUGCUCUGAACCAAACAGCCGUGGGCCACAGUGAGCUUUAUUCCUGGUUCUAAGGAGAAGUUUGGUGUAACGUUCAGUUUUGGAACAGCACCAAGGGAUGCCUCACCACCGCAUAUCCUUUCUGGAUCGAGGCAGGUAGUAACUGCCUACACAAAUAAAUCACAUCCUUUUGCAAAAAAAAAAAAAAAAAAACCACCGACUUUGAAUGACAUUUAAUUUAUAAUUAAACUUGGCAGUGCUGUCUCUGAAGUGUCUCAUCUUGUCUAAUCACAAUGAUCUGCUUCCUCUCAGUACUUUCGUAGGCAGUAAGCUAGUCCUUUGGUCAGCACACAAUAUGAUGAACAGAAUGAUUUUUUUUAAGAAGAAAAAGUAAAGUUAGGAUUUGAUGAUUGCCAAAUUAGGUCAGACUCAAACCAAAUUAAAUUAGAGUAAACGACUGCUGUAUUAGGCCAAACUCUAUGCACUCUGUUUCGAAAAUAUUUUUGCAUCCUUUCCCGGAUUGAUUGAUUCUGCAAACAGAUUGAAACCAUAGUGCACUAAGUGCAGUGCCUGACCCAGCAGCCCCUUCCCAGCAUCACGUGGGAAACUCUCAGCCGCCCCUGAGACCCACCCUGUAGGUGGGGUCCAGCAGGCUGUGUUUGAAUGAACCUCCCUGCGAUCCUGCUGCACGCCAAAGUUGAGAGCCAUUGGUUUAAAAUCCUGCCAGCGUGUCAUGUGGGGUAUCAAAGGGUAUGACUCUAGUCCUGCCGACCAGGAGCUUAUGAUCUGAUCAAGGACAGAAGGCAUACAUUCGCCAGACAGUUAAGCAGAGCAAUCUUUAUAAACGUACAUUACAUCACAGGCUCACUUCCUACCCUCACCCCCACCCCAGGCAGUUCCCUUUGUACUUGUAAUAAAUAUAAAUACCUGGCUAAGGCCUACAAGGCCUGGCAUGCUCUGGCCCCUGCCUACCUUGUAAGCCUCAUCUGGUGCUCCUCCCUCCUGCCUCCAGGAUUGGGCCCCACUGCCCUGGCUUGCUUUCGAAUACUCAAACCUGACUGCUGAGUGUGGUGUCAGCAGAAAUGUAAGGAAAGGGAAAGAGGGAUGGGAGGGUGGUGAGAGUUCAAUAAUAGGCUUGGUCACUGAAGUAAACAUUUCUAAACUGCUGGCCCCAUUGGUUCAUAUAUUGCUUUAUUAAUAUAUUGAUCAAUAUUGAUACUGAUAAUAUAGUGAUAGCCAUCAGUAUUAGUGGCCUUAUCAUAGCAAAAUCAGAACUAUUUAACACAGUAUGUCGCGUAUUUGUGUUGACUUCUCACCGUGAGAGUUGGCGAGGUAGGCGUGUUGCUCAGCCGCACCCUGGGAACUGAGUAACCGUGGCCUUGGGAAGAGGUGAAUUGCUGAGUGUGGAAUCCUCAGGGUGGACAGAGCCCAAGAAGGACUCUUCUGAUGCCUUUGUUUAGUUUUAGGAAAGACAGGACCACCUCCCUUCAGUUUUGUCUUUUUAAAAAAUUAUCUGUGAAUGUCAAUUUUGACCUUUGGGAUACUAUCUAUAAUGUGUGAUUUGGGAAUAAAGCAGCUGUUUGCAUUUUUAUGGAAUGGGAAAAUCUCCUAUCUCAAGAUUUUCUUCAUAAUGAGAAAGGGAAAAACACAUUGUAAUUAUAAUUUGCUUCUUUGACAGAUGAAUUGGAUUUGUUGGAGGGGCUUCUUAAAGGGUCUAAGAACAAGAACAAUGGUUUCUUUGGCUUUCGCUGUUGUUUGUGUUUUCUCUAUCCCCAGCUCUAGCUUUCACAGUAGUGGGAUUUUAUAUGCAGUCUGGCAUCUCCAGCUUUGGGGUGGCCCUUGCUCGUUAGGCACCUCCUCACUUGAGAUCUUCUCCAGAGAGAUGAAAGUUUAGCUUGGAGGUGCCAAAAAGGACAUUAGGGGGUGGGGAUGGGGGAAGUGCUCCUGCAGCCUCUCACUGCCCCUUCCCUUGUAAGGAGCUCCCAGGGGAGAGGAGGACAGUCUCCUUGCUCCCUGGAGCUUCAGGGCACAGGAGGGAGCCCUUCCUGUUACUAAGCCAGUCUGCCUUCCUGGGUGGGCACGUACAAGUAGAUAGGACAGAUGCUCCCUGUCCCCACCCUCUGGGAACCUACAGCCUAGAGGCUGGGCGGGCUCAUGCAGGAAGAUGCUCUGACAGAUGAGCACAGGGAGCUAGGAGAGCAGAGGACAGGGGAACAGGCCCCUCUGGAGCUAGCAGGGAGGGACCUGGGAUGCAGCCUGACAGCUGAAAGGUGCUCAGGAGUGCUUCCAGGUAUGGGUCUAGGCCAGCAGUGUGGGAUGGGGCAAGGGGUGGUGCCUGCAUCACCUCCCACGGGAGCUGGACUUCUGCCCCCAGAGGCUGCCACAGCAGAGAGGCUUCUAAGCAUCCAAGGGAAUGGUGAGGACACCUCUGCAAGGUGAACCCUGGGGUACAGCCCUGUGUCUCAGGAGACUGCGAUUUCCCAGCAACCCCCAACAGCAGCGGCUCUGGGCCUGAGUGUGCCCAGGACCUUUUCUUGGCUCCCCUAGCUCUUCCGGGGCCUCUGUCCGACUCCUCUCCUCCUUGAGAGCAAAGUGCCUGCAAGGGACCUUCACCACGCCCUGGAGGUUUCUUACAGACGUGGCGUGUAGGGGAGAGUUGGCGGCAUCAGCAGAGAUUCUCCUGGGGGUGGCCAGCAGCCUCGGGGGUGAGGACCUGUGUCCCUUAAUGCUUUCCUGACACAGAGGUCUCUGUGUGUGUGUACUGUCUGUCCCUCGAGCAAGGACGCAGCUUGAGGGCAGGUUCUCCAUCUCUGCGCCUCAGUCCUGAGCACACCGGCUUUGCACCUAUCUGGCGCUCAGAAAUCACUCACAAUGAGAGAAGAGAUUCUGCAAAUCCCAAAGUCCUUGCCACACUGGGGCUUUUUUCAGGGCUGUGAGAUAAAAGCUACAUCUGAUGCAUUCUUUGUCUAUCCACCCAUCACAAAGCAGUGACUGAGAAUUUACUGUUAGACUGUAGCACUGGAACACAAACCCUGGCUCCUGGGAGGUUCCCAAUGAAUGCUGGUUGCUACAGAGGAAGUGGAACACUGACAGUCUUCUGAAUCCCCUUGUGUUCCUGUCCCUCCGACUUUUCCAGAAGCCCUGAUUCUCAUUGCGCUCCUGUGGUUUGGGAGCAACAGUCCAGGGCACCAGGCUCUGAGUGCAUCUGCUGCUCUUCAGAGAGGCAGAACUCUCCCACAGGCAGGAGCUGCUCAUUUCCGGAACUCAUGACAUGAGCUCUGACAUUUUUACAGUGUCUAGGGACCACUUGCUGGUUGUCUGCAGAUAGCCACAGCAAAGAGUGAAUGGCAGGGAGAGGAUGAGCUCUAGGGCCAUCUCAGUAGCUUUACAAACAGUUAACAAAUUAAUGAAGGUAGUCAUGUAGGGUACCCAGGUUUCUGUUUGCUGGAAAAGGCCACAGCUGUCUCUGAGAAUGGGACUUAGAAGGGCAGUUCCUGUAGAUGUGAAGAGUUUGAGGCUGGCAUCCCCAACCGAAUCUAUACGUCAGUUCUGCCCAGGUUGUAUUUGGGUUCCAAAACCCUGAAAACAUAGCCUGUAAUUCCAGUUCUUCUGGCUUUUGGGGAAAUCUCAGAUGAUCCUGCCUCACCAGACCAUAAGAUUAUGGGGAACACAGGAGCCCCCCAGCUGCCCUCUCCAGUUUAUUGAUCACCUAUGUCGGCCGUGCUCAAACCCAGCUCACUCCCCUGAUUUGAAAUUCCUCCCUGGUCUCCAUCAGCACUGUGGCCCUGAUGUGGACCUGCAGGAGAAGACGGUGCAGAGGGUGUGCUGUGGCCAGCAGCAAGCAUGAAUGAUGUCCAGAUUUUCCUGUCCAGCUUCUUGUCCAGAUGCCAUUUGGCAGGGCCUGUAAGGCUGUCCCCAGUGGCUUACCACACAGGCUGUGGAUAGGUGCCACACAGGCACUGGCCUGGGUGCUUCCUUGGGGGUUCUGACUUCAAUACUCAGCAUGAGGUUUUAAGAGCACGUCCAUGUGGACGGCUGUGGAAGGCCUCAAUGUGGCUUGUGCACCGCUCCUCUGCUCCCUGGUGCACAUGUUCUGUACUCUUCCUGAACUGGUAUUGAGCCUUCCAGAUCACUGUCAUGAAGGCGGAUUCAAACAAGAGCUCACCUGUGAAAAGAGGCUCUUAAAACUUAAAAGAAGUAUAAUACAAGGAAAAUAGUCACAACAUGUUGGUUUGAAAUCCUGUAUAUAUAUCAACUAAAACUGUGGUUUAAGGGUGUGAGGGGCUAUGUCUGCCGCAUCUUCUGUGUAAAGAUGGAGAGAUAUUGCUGUACCUGUGGGUGUCCAAGGCCUGCCAGAUUUGUCCUUGUCGAAGGCAGCCUCUUGUUUUCUUCCUAGAUCCCUGUGGAUUGUUGUUUUCUUUACAGUGACAAGUUGGUCAUUUUGCCGGAUCAUUUCUAGUGUUUGCCUCCAUUGUAUAGUCCUGGUACUCACGAGCCCUUUGACCCUGCUCCACGUAUGUUCUGUCUGCUCUCAUUCCUUCAUUUGCACCUUUCCUCCGGGAGCAUCAGAUAUCCUCGGGUUCUUGCUGUCCAGGUCCCAUAUCUACCAUCUUGUCCCUUAGGGAUGACGUGUCUCAAACCUGAGAUAACCUCACAAGUUUGUAGUUUUUUGUUUGUUUUUUUUUUUUAAUCCCCUGCUGAUGUUCUCUGCAAUGGUGAUUCAGCUCUUGGCCUUGUCUGAUGCCAGCUGGGACCCCACUACUGCACUUUUAAUGGGUGGUGGAUGCGUGAAAUCCCCUUCCGCAUUGCAUCCUGGCUCUACUCUUCUGCAGCAGGGUCUGGUGUCUGCUUCCCUGUUGCGAAAAGUGAGUUCCAAAGGGAGAUAUGAUUGUCAAAGGUCACAUCAGCGGCCCCCGGAAUUGGAGUCUUCUACCCAUCCGAAGCCCUUUUGAUCCCCGAGAUUCCAGCUUAGAGAUUAACCCCGAGGUAUAAAAUAAAUGAUUAAAUAAAGAAACUGCUCAUUAUCAUAGAUCUCAUCAGAAUCUCCCACCUUUGUAAGUGUGAGUCUUGCAGCUGAGAAUUUCUUACCCAGUAUUCACUCUUGUCCAGCACAGCUUGCCUCACUAAGAGCUCUCAUGAAAUAGAGGAAGUUUAAAACAGUGAUUGUCAUUGCUUCGUGGCCUUUGGGUUAAGAUCAAAUGUAAAUCAGUGAGUUUCACUUGGGGGAAGGGGCUGUUUAGCUCCACAGACAACCUAUAGCAGUGUCUGGAGACAUUUUCAGUUAUUGCAACUGAAGUUGUAUGUGUGUAUGUGUUGAUAUUGGUAUCUAAUGAGUAGAGUGCCAAAGACUGCACACUUGUCCCUGUGGGACAAGUGCUCUGAAAUGUGUAAUAGACCCUAGUGUGACUUCUUGUGGGGAGCAAUCCGGACUAGACUAAGUUACUCGAAUUAAGACUUAUUCUAUGCAUCUGCUCUCCCACAAUAUGGCGCUGGGAGAGAAGUAAACAGCUUCCGCACAGCUGCCUCCAGUUCAACUAAUAAAUUGUAGGACUUGCUCCUGAUUGGAGAGCAGCGUACUCGGCGUGUGGGCAGCCGAGUUAGGAUUGGCGGAGGAGGACUAUAAAGGAGGAGAGAGACGGCAUGCACCGGGAACAUCUAUGGGGAACAUCUAAGGGAACCCGUGCAGCCCCCGAGAGAACCGGCCGGCGGUGUGCCGCUCCCCUGCGGAAGUGGGGAAUGCGGCCAGGGGGAACUGCCCUUCCACGGAGGUGGAAGGGAUAGUAGCCAACCCGGGAAGAACCAGCAGCAAACCCGGGGAGGGCCGAGCAGACAGAAAGAACAGCGCAGGGUCCUGUGUCGUUCCUCCACGAAGAGGGGGAGCGACAACUUCUAAAAUUUUUGGCAUUUAAGAAUAUUCUUGAGUUCCUAGGAGCUGUUGGUCAGCAGGUAUUUUUCCUGAAGAAUAAGAGAAAUGAAAUUACAUUAAGAUGGAGAAUCUUUUGAUAUUUAAAGGAAGUCUCCAUCAAAAUUGUGCUGCUCCUGUCUUCUACAAUGAGUUUGAUGUUUUCAUUGAGUCCUUCUUCGAGUAGUUGCCAGUCCUAGGGCAAGUCCAUGGUGCCUGGUGGCUCUCAUCGGUGGCUACAGCAUUGGGGCAGAUCUGGCAAGCAGAUGUUUGUGGUGGAAACUUUCCAUUCUAGAAUCAUUCCUUCUGAGGGAGGAGGGUAAGGUCAGAGAAGAAUGUCCCCAGACAAUCUGCCCCUUUGUUAAUCAGGGCUGUCAUCUUGGCUGCCCCUGCAGCAGCCCCAUCUUCCUGAAAUCGUCAGUAAAAAGGCCAUUCAGCAGAUACAUCUGGCGUUGGCCAGGAGUUUUCAAACUCCGAUUUAACAACAAGGAAUGGAUUUAAUCAGACUCAAAGGAACACUGAGAGUCAUUUGGUAACAGUGCUGUAUCUCUGAAAGGGCUCUGGAAGCCAGAUUACCAAAAACCAGUUUCUUGGGGUGGGCGUUCGGUGCAGUGGUAAGAUGCCACUUGGGAUGCCUACGUCCUGUGUUGGAGUGCCUCGUUUGCGUCCCAGCUCCCGUGCUUUCAAUCCAGCCUCUUACUGAUGCUCACCCUAGGAAGUAGCAGGGGAUGGCUCAGUACUACCCAUGUGAGAUUCAGAUGGAGGCUGCUAGCUUCAGCCUGGCCCAUCUCUGACUGUUGUGAGUAUUUGGGGAAUAAAGCAAUAGAUGGAAGUUCUCUAUCUCUCCCUUUCAACUAAAAUGAACAUAAAUAAAACUCUUAAAAUAAUAAACUAUAUGGACUAUGCUGAUUUCUUGAGCAGAAGUGGCAAAUCAGUGCAAAGUAACUGAGUUGAAAGUGCAUGAGUUUGAAAUCAGCAAUAUGAGCUCACUGGGACACAUACUAUAUUUAUUGCUUUUAUGGAGUAAUCUCAUUAGUGUUCAUGGCAACCUAUGUAGUAAACUCUAAUACUGUGACCAUUUCAUAGAUGUGGAGACUGAGGUUUAGGCCACCAAGUGAUUUGUCCAAGGUCACGCACUAAUAACUUCUUUGACCAUUGGGCUAAUAUGAUUGCUGAUGUUGAGUCAAUAAGCUAUUAUUUUAAGGUCUAUCCCUAAUUUGUUUCAAUGCAGUCUUUGUUGGCACAUGUAAUUUUUAUAAGAAAUCAUUUGAGUCAAUUUUAAGAGAUCUGGCCAAGGCUGAUAUCUGUAGGAUAAUAACAGUAACACUGAAUUUGGUGAAACAUGUUUUCAAGUUGUUUUCUUUGUCUUCAUUUGCGGCCUCCACAGUCACAGGCAUGAUGUGGAGGGUGUGUGAGUCCCACGGAGGGGAGCAGAGCAGUCAUCAGUCAGCAAUCAGGCUCUUGCAUUAACAAGAGGUGGCUUUCAGCAGAUGAUACAGCUUCUCAAGGUGUCAGGCGUCUUCCGGAAUGGGGAGGAGGUCAUAGUUUAACCAUUUAGUCAAUAGCCAUUUAUUUGGUGUCUGUUACAUAAGACAGAUAUAGUGACCUACUCUCUGUAUCUUACUGAGACAUCACAAGGAAUCCUAACGUAAUGUGAUUUUUUUUUUCUGGGAGAGAAGUCUGUAUCUGUAUGAGGGGCAGACUGCCUAGUUAGGCUGAUAUCAACAGGUGUUUAUUGAGUGCCAACUACCUGCCAGGCUCCAUCCCAGGAACCAGAUACUGCAAAUACAUUAUAUAUCAGAGGGCUGGGGUGGGUGGGGUGGCAGUGGGGCAGUAAACCAGUAAACACACACAUAGGAUGACCUCAGAGACUGGUGAGUGGCCUGAAGAAAGCACACUAGAGUUCUACAGGAAGGAGUGAUUGGGAAUGAGAGGAGCUACUGCGCCUAAGCUGAUCUGAGAAUGUUUUCCUGGGGAGGGGACACCAAAACAUGCCUUGGAAAAUCAGACCUAGUUUCAGGGUACAGAACUGGGUAAAUUGAUCUUGUUGUAUAAGGUUCCAAAAUUUCAGGGGGCCAGCACUGUGUCUCACUUGGUUAAUCCUCCGCCUGCUGCGCUGGCAUCCCAUAUGGGCACCGGGUUCUAGUCCCGGUUGCUCCUCUUCCAGUCCAGCUCUCUGCUGUGGCCCGGGAAGGCAGUGGAGGAUGGCCCAGGAGCUUGGGCCCCUGCACCCGCAUGGGAGACCAGGAAGAAGCUCCUGGCUCCUGACUUCAGAUCAGUGCAGCGCCGGCCGUAGCUGCCAUUUAGGGGGUUGAACCAACGGAAGGAAGACCUUUCUCUUUGUCUUUCUCUCAUUAUCUGUAUCUCUACCUGUCAAAUAGAAAAAAAAGGGGUUGCAAAAUUUCAUUAUUCUUUUCAUGGAGAACAUCAGAUGGCACAUAUGUGCCAGUUCUGGGAACUUGUUUGGAUUUCUUUGCAUGGUCAACCACAUGCUCAAUUUUGUAAGAUCGUUCUUUGUGUUCUUGAGAGUUCUAUGGGUGUGUGCUCUUAGUAUAUUCUUUAGAUGAAGUAUAUAGGUUAUGUAACUGAAAUCUUCUAAAUCUUUAUUAGUGUUUUAGAGGUAAACUGCCCAGCUUCUGAGAGCUAAGAAUUCUCAUGGUUGUUAUGGAUUUGGUAAUUUCUCAGCGAUUCUAUCAGUUUUUAUUUUAUUUCUAGCAUAUGCUUUUGACUUUGAAAUGUCAUCAUCUAAUACUAUAUCUGCUGACAGGUUGUGCUUGUCUUUUUUUUUUAAGAAAGCUUUUAUUUAAUAAAUAUAAAUUUCAUAG